AUGGCCAAGCCAUAUAAGUGUGUCGGCUCCUCGCUCGGCUCCACUGCGGUGGCUUUGGAUGAGCGCAUCCACACCCACCAUCACCAACCGCCGCCAUCCCGCCGACCACCCAGACCCCGCCGCCACGCCACCCCCUUCCUCCUUCCCCUUCUUUCUUCUUCUUCCUUCUUCCUCCUCCCUCCACCGCCACUGCCCCCCUCCGCGAUCACCACCCCACCGCGCCGCCGUCACCGCCGCGUCCCCAUCCGCCACCCACCCUUUCCCCCUACCCCCAUUACCCUUCCCGAAGCCCCUGCCCCCGAACAGCAGCCACCGCCUCCGCCACCCUCCUCCGCCGCACCAGACGCCACCGCCACCAUCUCUCAGCCACCUCUCUCCAAAGAAAAGGAAAAGCAAAGGCUACAACUGGCAAACAAAGUAAGAAUAAAA